GCAGAAGUCCAGCUGUAUCAAUAAAAUACCAUAAAAAUACGCCACCAACUGCUUACUGAGCAUUAUCCAGCUACAUCAUUGCAUCAAAUGGUUUUAAAGAUGAAGACGCUGAUUGUUAUCACGGUUCUGUCUUUCGCUACUCACCUAUAUGCACAGAUUUGCAAAGACACCAGUCCCACAUCUUCAUGUGAAAGUUGGAAAAGAGGUGGAUUUUGCAAGAGAAGUUAUGCACACAGAUAUUGCAAAAAGACUUGUGGUGGGUGCUCAGUUGGUCCUACCUUACCUCCUACUCAAACACCAGGCUCCUGUGGUCGUUCACCAGUAGCUCAGAGCAGAAUUAUAAAUGGAGUUAAUGCUAACCCCGGUGCUUGGCCUUGGAUAGCUUCUCUUCAAAAAAACAAUGGUCAUUACUGUGGAGCCACUCUUCUUUCACCAAGAUGGAUAGUGACUGCUAGCCAUUGCGUCUCGAGCAUCAAUUCAGGCAAUAUGAACCAAUGGACCAUCAAGCUGGGUGCGCAUAACCAUCGUGUUUAUGAACCAUCAGCACAAAGAAUCCAAAUUGAACGAGUCAUCAUGCAUCCUAGCUACAGCAGAAGCACAUUAAAAGCAGAUAUGGCCAUGAUUAAGUUAAAAACACCUGCUAAAUUAAAUGCCAGAGUGUCUUUAGCAUGCUUGCCAAAAAGCAAUCAGUACCCUUCUCUUGGAAAGCAGUGCUAUCUUGCAGGUUGGGGUAGUGUAUCUCAUCCUGGAGGUGUAUAUCACACUCUUCAACAAACUCGACUUCCAGUAGUAGAAUCAAAAAAGUGCAAACACAACAAUGAAGUUGUAUGUGUUGGUAACGGCUUCACAAGCCAACCUAAUGGAAAACAACAGCCAAAUGCUUGUCGAGGUGAUUCUGGUGGUCCCUUAGUCUGUCAACAAUCAGAUGGAAGAUGGCAAUUGGAAGGUGUUGCAAGUUUCGUCUACACCUAUUGCAAAUACUACACUGGCUAUUCGCCUGUAAACAAAUAUCUUCAUUGGAUUAACCUAUACUUACGGCAGUAAAAUUACAGUUAAAUAUAUUCACUUGUCAUAGA